AGUGGACGCCAUGCAACGCCAUGUCAGUUGCAUAGCGAAGAUAUUCUUAUGAUAUUUUUGGCGGCGAUUUCGGCAGGUGUUUUGCGGUGAUUAAAUAAACAAACUAUCGCAAUGCUGGAUCAUAAGCAAACGGAAGAACUGACGGAUCACGAGGCUGAAUUAUAUGACAGGCAACUUCGUCUGUGGGGCUUAGAUUCACAAAAACGGUUGCGAGCUGCUAAAGUUCUUUUGAUAGGACUGGAUGGUUUCGGGGCGGAAAUUGCUAAAAAUAUUAUUCUAUCUGGAGUCAACAGUGUUACAUUUUUAGAUCACAGAAAUGUAACGGAGUUGGACAGAUGUUCGCAGUUUUUUAUACCAAAAGAAGAUAUUGGAAAGAAUAAAGCUGAAGCAUCGUUGGAACGAGCACAAAACUUGAAUCCUAUGGUUAACAUUAGCGCAGACUCGGAUAAGGUCGAUGAAAAGCCUGAUGAAUAUUUUGGACAGUUUGAUAUAGUAUGUGCUAUGCACUGUACCAUCACACAGCUGAAGAGAAUCAAUCGAGCAUGCAGAAAUCAAAAAGUCAAAUUCUUUGCUGGGGAUGUAUGGGGGGCGCUUGGUUAUGUGUUCAUAGAUUUACAGGAACAUGAAUACGUAGAGGAUGUGCCAAAAACGAAUAAAGUGACAGUACCAGAAGGUGGUGAUUCUAUAGGUAAAGAAAAGAUCGAAACCAUAAUAGUUAAUAAGAAGUGCACAGACACUUUUGUACCAUUUGAGUUUAUCCUAAAUGCUCCGAAAACAUCUUUAGUUAGGGAGGAAGAAAUCUACUAUAUGAUGCUGAUACUGUUGAAUUAUCGUGAAAAAUAUGGUGAAGAUCCAUUGCCUAGUGAAAGAGGUUGUGAAAACUUGAAAAAUGAAGCUGCUGCUAUUAUUAAAAAAUACGAACUAGGCGAUAAAAUAGAUCAUUUAGUGGAGAGCGAUUUGUAUGCACAACUCAGUCCAGCUUGUUCUGUCAUCGGUGGUGUCAUGGCACAGGAAAUAAUCAAAGCGGCGUCGCAGAAACACGCUCCACUCAAUAAUUUAUUCACAUUUAAUCCAGACACAUCGUGCGGAGUUAUUUUGAAAUUGGGAUAUUAAUUAGAUGUGUUGUGUAAAAUUAACUAUGCUAAAGAUUUUCUUUUAUAAUACUGUGAUACAUUGAAUAUGGCAUUACGCUUUUCUAUUUAUCCAUCCUUUUUAUACAGGUAAAAUUACAAAAAUUGAUUUCAGUAAUUACAUUUAAAAAAUAAAAAUUUUUACAUGUAA